AAAUCGGACUCGGCAAACAAAAUUGUGCUAAUGACUUUGCCAAAAUGAAGCUUACUAAGACAUUCCUACAUGCCAGAGAGUAAUGAAAUGCUUCAAUCCAAGGUUCCAAUUAAGCUCAAAAUAUGAGAUGGAUUUUACUUCUCCUAAGGCACAGAUUCUAGAAUAAAAUUUAGAGUCAGGAAUAUGAAGCACGAACAGGGAGGACCUAUAAACCACCACCUCAGUCUUCAAGGCGUAAGAAUUUUGAAUUUGAGCCGCUUUCUACCACUGCUCUGAUUCUUGAGGAUCGACCAUCAAAUCUUCCUGCUAAAUAUGUGGAAGAAGCUUUACGUCAUCGACAAGAGUAUGAUGAGAUGGUGGCUGAGGCUAAAAAACGAGAAAUUAAAGAAGCACAUAAAAGAAAAAGAAUAAUGAAAGAACGAUUUAAACAGGAAGAAAAUAUUGCAAAUGCAAUGGUAAUUUGGAUCAAUGAAAUACUCCCCAACUGGGAAGUAAUGCGUAGUACAAGAAGAGUUCGAGAAUUGUGGUGGCAGGGAUUGCCCCCUAGUGUUCGUGGGAAAGUUUGGAGUCUAGCUGUAGGAAAUGAACUAAAUAUCACUCCCGAACUUUAUGAAAUCUUUCUCUCAAGAGCAAAAGAACGGUGGAAAAGCUUCAGUGAAACAAGUUCAGAGAAUGAUACAGAAGGUGUUUCUGUUGCUGAUAGAGAGGCCAGUCUGGAAUUAAUUAAGUUGGACAUAUCCCGUACAUUUCCAUCUCUGUACAUCUUUCAGAAGGGUGGCCCAUAUCACGAUGUCUUACAUAGCAUCUUAGGGGCAUAUACAUGUUACAGACCUGAUGUUGGUUAUGUACAAGGGAUGUCCUUCAUUGCUGCAGUACUCAUUCUCAAUUUGGAAGAGGCAGAUGCCUUCAUUGCAUUUGCCAAUCUCCUGAAUAAGCCAUGCCAACUGGCCUUCUUCCGUGUGGAUCACAGCAUGAUGCUGAAGUAUUUUGCAACAUUUGAAGUAUUCUUUGAAGAAAAUCUCUCCAAAUUAUUUCUUCAUUUCAAGUCUUACAGUCUUACACCAGAUAUAUAUUUGAUAGACUGGAUCUUCACACUAUAUAGCAAAUCACUCCCGCUUGAUCUGGCCUGUCGAGUCUGGGAUGUAUUCUGCAGAGAUGGGGAGGAGUUUUUAUUUAGGACUGGAUUAGGAAUCCUCCGAUUAUAUGAAGAUAUUCUUCUACAGAUGGACUUUAUUCAUAUAGCACAGUUUCUCACUAAAUUGCCAGAAGAUAUCACAUCAGAAAAACUGUUCAGCUGCAUUGCAGCCAUUCAGAUGCAGAAUAGCACCAAAAAAUGGACUCAGGUCUUUGCAUCUGUAAUGAAGGAUAUUAAAGAAGGAGACAAGAACAAUAGUCCUGCUCUGAAAAGCUAAUCUUCAAAAUUAAGACUAAAUUUAAAGAAUGUUUUUUUGGAGAACAGUUUUUUGUUUCCUACAUAAAAAGCAUGGAAGAAAAUGUUGGAGAAAUAUGAAAGAAUCAAGAGGCGAAUACUGCUCAUUUUAAAGUUCAUGACUGAAAUAAAUAACUUAUUGACAGUAUUAAUGAAAAAUAUUUUAUAGGGAGAGCCAUUUUUCCAUGGAAAAAGUUGAAAUGGCUAGUUCAUACUCCAUAAUUUGGAGUGAACAAUUUAAUGCAAUAAAUUUUUAAAAUAAAUUUGGAGAUUUCAAAUUUUUACAUCUUUUAUUUUUUAAUAAUUAUCACAGAGGCACUUUGGGGUCAGAGUAGAAUUGUUAAAUAUUACUUUGACCUCCAAAAUAUUAUAAUACAGAUGAUAUCUCCAGUUUUGACCUUUGAAGAUGUUGUAGACCAAGAAUAAGCAACUUUAGUUAUAAAUCACUUGUCACUGAAGAUAUUGUUUAUUGUCAUUUACAGGUUAGGGCAGAUGUGGGUUAUCUGGUAACUACGUAUAUUGGGAGAUUGUUUAUUGUUUGUUUAAGUGUUUUCCACAGUAUCCUGUCUGUCAUGUCUAUUUGUUUUUGAAGGGAAAUUCUUUCUCUUCCUUAAGGAAUUCCUAUUACUCAAAAGAAUUUUAGCCUUUCUGUUUCUAGUCUAACUGUUCAUCUAGUAAUUUAGUAAAUAACUAGUAGAAAAAAGUUCUUUGCACUUUAGUGGACUAAAGACUUGACUUUGGGAGUAAGUCCAAAGAGAAAAAUGAAGUUUUUCACUGGUAGGAGUAAAAAGUAAUAAACCCUAAGAGUCUUAGAUAGUAUGCCACUUGGCAAGAUUUUAAGUUUUUUAGUUAAAAUUCCUCCACCAUCUAUGAAAACAAAAUUUGGUAAUUCCAGUUUGAAAUUUGAAAUCUUAAUAUAUGGCUAAGCCUAUGACUUCUAAAGCACUAUGCAUAAUUUUUACUAAUAAGUGGAAAUAGAGUAAAGGAGGUCAAAUUAAUUUUGUUUUAGUCUAACU